AUGCACCAGGCUUGGUUGUCGUUGAGCUUCUCUGUCCUGACGAUCAUCAUAUGGAAGAUCAGCAAGAUUGGGCGGCGACCAAAGAACUAUCCGCCAGGGCCGCCGACCUUACCUCUAAUCGGCAAUCUUCACCAAAUGCCUAGACAGUGUUCACUUGCAGUUCCAAAAGAGGGCACAAAAGUAUGGAUCUAUCUACUCGCUUAUUCUGGGGACGAAAGUCGUCAUUGUUCUAUCGUCGGAUCAGGUUGUCAAGGAGCACAGGACGUUUUGAGUGGGAGCCUUCGGCCGUUGUUGAUGAGAUAUGGCGAGACCUCGCGUAUGGUCCGUAAGCUUGCUCACAGCCUUCUCAAUGUUCGAGUUGCUCGAACCUAUGUGCCAUAUCAAGAUCUUGAAGUUAGAGCCAUGUUGGUGGGAUUCCUUGAGAAGCCCGAUAACUUUGCCAACCACAUUCGCCACUAUACGACAUAUUUAACUACGCAGAUGACCUUUGGUUAUCGUACUCCGACUAGUGAUGAUCCCAACCUCUUGGAAAUGUUCGACGCUGCUGCUAUAUUUGACGUAUUCCCUGUCAUUAGACGUUUGCCUGAUUUCCUCCUUCCCAUCAAGAUGAUUGGAAGAGAAAUACAUAAAAGAGAACGUAAACUUUUCAUGGGGCACUACUUGAAUGCGCGGUCGCAGCUAAAUGAAGGCACCUCAAAGCCUUGCUGCUGUAUAGACCUACUUCGCCUUCAAAAAGCAGAAGAUUUUUCAGAUGACGUUGCCUGCUAUAUGAGCGGCUCUCUUCUUCAGGCAGGGUCUGAAACUACAUCUGCGAUCUUGAUUGGCUUUGUCCAAGCCAUGGUUCUUUUCCCGGAAGUAUCUAAGGAAGCUCAAGCUGAAAUUGACCGCGUAUGCGGCGAUCGUCUGCCCGACUUGAAUGACUUCCCAAAUCUGCCCUAUACUCGCGGAUGUAUAAAGGAAAGUCUGCGCUGGAUGUCAACAGUUAUCCUUGGCGUACCUCAUGCCGUAACACAGGAUUACUCAUACCUUGGUUAUAAAAUCCCCAAAGAUGCGUCCGUGGAUUAG